CAAUCAGUCUCAAAACAGCAAUAAUACCCACAAUAAUGAAACUCUUAAUUUACUUAAGUCCACUGUUUGUCUCUGUGUCUCCAGUCAUAUUGUCAUUCGUUAGCUCGUAGCAACAUAGUAAUCAUGGCUUGUAGAUCUCCAUCACUUAACAAUGCAGAAUUGUUCACUCUCUUACUUGAUAUUCCAGAUGAUAAGGCUGAAGGAGAAUGUGACCUAGAUGCAGAAGACCUAAGAGAAGAUCAGGAUGAAGAUUACUGUCAACUAAACAAUCACUCUGGAUGCAGUGAUUCAGAUUAUGCUGAAAACGUAGUUGUUCAGCCAGCAGCAGAAAAUGUACAUAAAAGAAGAUGUCAGAAGGGACAGAGCAACACAUGCCUCCCAGGACCAUGUUAUAUGUUGCUGGGUACUGAUGGCAUCACGGAAUGGACUGUAGCAGAGAUUGGAAAGACCACAUCUGGCAGAUUGGUGAAUCAUAACAUCAUGAGAGAAAAUCCAGAACCUACACCAGAUUCAAAGCAGUAUGUUUCUGAUGCCAGUGUAGUAGGUGCAUCGCGUCUGUUUACUGAUGAAUCAAUACCGAAAAAUAUAAAAUACUGUACGGAAAUGGAGGCAAAACAUGUUCUAGGAAAUGAAUUAUGGAGUGUAAGUUUGGAGAACUGGAGGAUUUUAUUGCUUUAUUGAAUGCUCGUUGUGUUCUUGGAGCCAACAGUACUGAAAUUGAUGAACUGCGGUCUAAAAAAUGGGGCCCACCCAUGUUCAGUGACAUUUGGGGAGAAACUGCUUUUGAGAAAUUCUAAGAUUUUUGUGCUUUGACAUUAGAAACACAAGAUCAGAACGUUUGAAGAUUGAUCAAUUUGCUUUAGUAUUAAAAGUUUGGAACAAAUUCAUUGAAAAUUGCCAUUUGACCAUGUUCCGGGUGAAAAUUUGACUGCUGAUGAACAGCUUUUUCUAAGCAAAAUGUGUCCAUUCUUACAGCAUAUGCCAAACAAACCAGACAAAUUUGGCAUAAAAUUUUAGCUUCUUGUCAACAUUGACUCAAAGUUUAUGUGCAAUGAGUUCCCUUAUUUAGGAAAAGAUGGCCACAGAUCAUGUGACCAGACUCUUCCUGAAAGUGUAGUAAUGGAGUUGAUGGAGCUGUUUCAAAAGAAGGGGCAAAACAUGACUACGGGCAAUUUUUUUACAACAGUGAAACUGGGCGAGAAGUUGAGAACUACUUGUACUAGCAUUGUUGGAACAAUUAGACUACCAAGAAGAGAAAUCUCUAAUGCUGUGAAGGCAAUGAAGGUUAAUCUUUACAACUCAGGUCUCUUCAAACAUUCCAGUGGCACUACUACUGUAUACCAAGGCAAACAAAACAAGAAUGUGCUUCGGUAUAGCACUUUGCAUUCAGAAGUUGAACUUCAAACUGUUCUGAAAAAAAUUCUAGAAACAAUUGAUUUUUACAACAAUACAAAAUUGAUGUGGUGGAUCAAAUGGCAAGAAAAUACACUGUUCGAGCUGGUAUUUGUAGAUGGCCAGUUCAUGUAUUUUAUAAUAUUCUUGACUUGGCGAGCAUCAGUUCAUGGAUCAUUUUCAAGAAAGUACCAUGGAUGAAGAUCACUCAUCAAAAUUAUAUCCUGAAGCUAGCAGAGGAGCUUUGUAUGGAGCACAUGGACUCAAAAAGUAACUUGAAGGAAACAGAAGCUGAAUCUGGAAACUCUUCAAAUGAAGAAGUGUAGGAAUAACACAAUUAUAUCUGCAAAAAGUGCAAAUGGCGAGUGUGUGGUUCUUGUUCAAAAGACAUAACUAAGGAUGU